GGACGGCUCGGUGCGCGCGCGCGCGCGGCCCGCCAGGCCACGCGCCAGGCGGCGGUGCGCGGGACCCCCGGGCUUCGCCUCUGCGGCCUCCGUGGACCGACCGACUGCUAGGAGGCCGACGUCAGGGGGCGCCAAGGAGCCGGGGGGACCGGGGCUCCCGCCUCCCUGCGCCCGCCCGGAGGCUGGGGCUCGGAGGAUGCAGCAGGGAGAAGCAUUAGCUGCAUGCGGAAAAGCAGCACCUACAUGGAGUCUCUGCCUUGGAUGGUUGCAGAAAGUCUCUGCUGACUAAGUGAGAAAAUGCAGAAGAGUCUGCAGACGGAUGAUGUUACCGAUAACCAAGUUCUUAGAAAAAGAAAGAGGAAACGGACAGAGACAGCGAACUCCGAAAAUGCGAAUAGUGCCGUGGAUAAAGCACAGAGAGACCCAUAUUCAGGAAAUGCCUUCCUGCCUGGCGAGAGCUCCAGCGAUGAUGAAACUCCCUUAGCAGAACUGUCCAAGGAGGAACUUUGUACCAAAAUCAAAAACCUGAAAGAAAAACUGACCAACAUCCGGAAGGAGAACAGCCGGCUUCGGCAGUCUUUGGUCAUGUUACAAGUGUUACCACAGGCCGUCACCCAGUUUGAAGAACUGGUGGGGAUGGCAGAGACCCUGCUUAAGGGCGGAGGAGUGGCGUCCACACCAGCAUCUACUCUCUGGAGAGCGACCAACAACUCCUCCCCAGACUCCUUCGCUGCUCUGUGCAGUAAUUCCAACUCCAGUUCCAGCUCCCCAAGUUCCCUGAAGGCUGAGGAAGAGCAGCAUCCUGGUGAGAAGCAGUUCAAGAUUGAAAAAUGGCAGAUUGCCCGUUGUAAUAAGAGCAAGCCUCAGAAAUUUAUUAAUGACUUAAUGCAAGUACUUUACACAAACGAAUACAUGGCCACACACAGUCUGACUGGAGCAAAAUCCUCCACUUCAAGAGACAAAGUUGUAAAACCGGCUAUGAAUCAGAAUGAAGUUCAAGAAAUCAUAGGAAUAACAAAGCAGGUAUUUCCCAACGCAGAUGAUGUUUCAAUUAGAAGGAUGAUAGGACAGAAACUGAAUAACUGCACCAAGAAGCCGAAUGUGAGCAAAACUCUUAACUCUCAGGAUAGUGUCUUAAAAUAAAGCAAUGUUUACGUCAAACAUUGGAUUUUGCUGGAGAAUCGGAGACACAUCAGAGACCGGCUGUCUGGUGUCUGUGGUACCCAUGACUUUCCUGGCGGAGCAAAGGACUGGUUGAAGAAGCUGCAUGCAGAGUCCAUACUACUUACUAGUGAUGCAUCAAACCAGAGAAUGUUUGUCAAACAAGCAUGCAAUAUGGUUUCUUUGGAAAUAUGCAUUUCUCACAGCCCCCAGUACUUCCCUGUACAACUAACUUUAGAUAAUAGAAGCUCUUAUCAUAGCAACAAAAACAUCUACCCUCCAGAUCAGUCACUGUCCUCCACAAACAUGGUGCGUUAUUACUAUCAGUGAUUCCCCGGGUCAUGCUGUUUGGUUUUUUUGGAUUUAGCAAGCACAUGUUUGCUAAAACUACAAUUGAAAUAAUACAUGUUUACAAAUGCAAAAGGAAUAAAGUUAGCCUCAGCGAUGAUAACCGAGUCUCACCAAGUAAUGAUGAUGUAACAUUAAAGUGAAAUAGGAUUAUGGAAAAAAAACAUAAAAGUCUUUUCAAUAUUAAACUAUCCCAACACAAUCCUAAAAGGCCUCAAAUCCAAUUUUCAUUUGUUAAAAUGAUGCACCGAUUUUUAUAAUAGACUCCUAGUUUGCAAAGCAGACAUUACCUCUCAGUAUUCAUUGUCCAAAGUGUGCUAGACACAGAUGCGUAAUGUUAAACAGAAAUAUCACCUAAAGUGCACGCAGGACAUAACAUCAUGUUUGAUCAGCUGUGAUGCUACACUGCUUAAUUUUAACAUGUUUAUUUCCACUGUGACAGAAGGAAAAUGAAUUGAAAAAAAUAAUACUGGUUUAAUAAUGGCACAGGAAAAAAUGUCAUUUUGUAAAUCAACAGAAGAUAAAAUAUUCUUCAAAGACUUUUCACUUGACGGCAGAUCACCUGACUACUUUGCAAUGUGAAGCUAUGGGGUUUUUCUUUCCUUUU